UGGUGAGCAAUUGGUUGAUCAUGAGCAAUUGUAAAAAAAAAUAAAAACACAUUGCCCACAAAAAAAACAUUUUAAGACGCAUGUUUUUAAGUGUUUAUGAUUUAAAAAAAGAACACAUUGAAAACAUGUAUUAUUCUUUCUUUCUAAUGUAAAACAUUAUCCGCGCUAAUAAUUUAGCAAAAGAUUAUUGCACUCAUUGUGGAACCAUCACAAGUGACCAAAGUCGUUGAACACAACAUCGUCAGCUUUAGUCGACCCGACCCAAAUGCGAGCGCUCAGGGAGGAGCUUAUAAGGUGGUAGGGUAACAACGUGCAGGCCCGGAAGAUUCCCCUCAAACAUUUCCUUCAUCAGCACUAGAUCCCGCCAACCUCUUGCAGGGGAUAAUUUGAAUGGAAUAACAACUACUUGGUUUAAACAUGUCGACCGAAACGUCCACCGUGAAUGAUGUCCCUGAACUUCAUCGCCGUGAUUUCACAGAGUUGGGGGAUCGGAGGUAUCAAUAUCGCUACCCCUCUCCUGCUAACAUUAAUUCACCCAGGCUAACUGAACAGCACCCCCAUUCUGUGCUCUCUCCUUAUGGCGACCAGCGGGUUAGGCCACGACCCCGUGCUGCACCCAGACCUGAAUAUGGAGUCGAGCCUGCUGUCCCAGCAGCGGCAGCGGUGGAUGACUGCGAGCGCUUGGGUACAUUCUUCGGUGAGCUGAACAAGUGCCUCCGGCAGAUUGGAUUCACACAGCUGUACUUCGGGGAAAAGAUCGUGGAGCCAGUGGUGUACUUGCUCUUUUGGGCGCUGAUCUGGUUCGUGGGCAUCCAGGCGCUGGGCCUAGUGGGAACUCUGUGCAUUGUUAUCAUCUACAUCCAAAAGUAACAUCCUACAAUCAGCCACAACUCAGAGAAGGCAAAAAUAUGGGGGGGGGGGGGGGGGGGAUUAUAGAAAUGUGUAGAUGUUUGCAGUGUUUGCCUGCCUGGCUGCCUGUGUGUGUGAGUGAGUGAGAGGGAGAGCGCGAAAGACACAUAUGCCUAAUUAAAAUCAAAUUGUCUACCCAAUGGCCAGCAAGAUACAGAAAGAACUAGAGAUAAAGCUUUUUACUGGAUUUUUCUACCUGGAGUUUUUUUUUUUUUAUAUAUAAAGGUGCAAUCACUUGAGAACUAUCUAAAAUGCAUUCAGGGAGAAGCUCCCUUCCGUGUAUGCAUGUAUAGUAAGCAGUGGGGGAGCGUUAUGCAUAUUUAUGACUCGCAUGAAUGUUUAUGCAAUACAUUGCACUCCAUGUUCAUAGGAAAAAAACAAGCAAACCUUCUUGAAAUCUGACUGGUGUCACUACGAGCUUUAGUGUUGCUUGCUUCAACCCCCCUAAUCAUUCCUGCAGUCUUCCUGCAUUCCUGCUGUGUCACCAACAGGGGGCGAUGUUUCCCCGGUUUUGCCUAUAGGGUAACAUCUAUGGUAAACAUGGGGAACACAAGCUGCAAUUGGUUCCCACCCUCAGAGCAUUAACAUAAUUUACUUGAACGCAUGCCUGGCCUCUUCUGAGCACCGCAUGAACAUAUGAAUGGGCUACUGAAUGGUGAAGGUGUUGGAUGUAAUACUGUGAGAUUAUUAAUCCCCUCAAUGGGAUGACUGGCUUUUUUCUUUCCUCUUUUUUUUUUUGAGGAGAAGCAGUUGGAAACUGCUGACACUGUGUACAGUAUCCAGGUCGUUGGAGACCUGUGUGCAAAUACUGUUAUAACAGUAGAUACUGUUAAACAAGUAUUUAUCAAAAUAAAAUGUGUUUAUACUGGUUCUCCAACAAUAGUUUAAUUUAUAUUAUAUUAUUGCAAUGAAUGAAGUUCUGAUCACAUAGGUGGCGGGGAUGAUUUACUAUUCCAAAGUUAUUGAUUUGGUCCUUGCCGGGAUAUAUUUUGCCAUUAACUGCUUCCUAACACACGCUUUUGUUUGAAGAUUAAUGAGUUAAUUAAGCACAGCCAAUGGGGUAAAAGCGAUGCAAGGAAGGUGCCUUUUCUUUUGGUUAGCACUGGUGCCAUCUCCUACAGCUAGAGUGUUUGUGAGAUUAGGUGUGGGAGUACAACGACUUGAGAAUGCCUGAGUCCUGUACAUCAUAGGCCAUGCUUUGUGCCAUACUGUCACAAGGAAUUGUGAGUGGUUUGAAUUAUUUAAUUUUAACAUAUCGGUUAGAAUAUGGCAGUUUUCAACAAAGAAAUUAAUAUUUCACGCCAUUUUUUUCCAUUUUAGCAAUACAGUGGAUGUUGAAUGCACUUUUUAAUUGUCAAAAUAAACAUGAAUAUCUUUUCUUG